GGGGAAGUUUGGGGAAGUCCGCAUCUGUACAGUGAAGGAGACGGGGCUCAAGCUUGCUGUGAAAAGCAUUAAGAAGCAGGGGCCGAAGGACAAGGAGAUGGCCGAGGUGGAAAUCGACGUGAUGAACCAGUUGAAUCACAGGAACCUCAUCCAGCUGUACGACGCCAUCGAGACGCCCAGAGACAUCAUGCUCUUCAUGGAGUUCGUGGAAGGCGGGGAGCUCUUUGAGCGGAUCAUAGACGAGGAUUACCAGCUAACCGAGGUGGACUGCAUGGUCUUCGUGAGGCAGAUCUGUGACGGGAUCCUCUUCAUGCACCAGAUGGGCGUCCUGCACCUGGACCUCAAGCCGGAAAACAUCCUCUGCGUGACGGCCACUGGCCACAUGGUGAAGAUCAUUGACUUUGGACUUGCCCGAAGGUUCAAUCCCAGUGAGAAGCUCAAGGUGAACUUUGGCACCCCCGAGUUCCUGUCGCCCGAAGUGGUCACCUACGAGCAAGUCUCCUACACGACCGACAUGUGGAGCAUGGGAGUGAUCGCGUACAUGCUGCUGAGUGGACUCUCCCCUUUCUUGGGAGACAACGACACGGAAACCCUGAACAACGUCCUUGCGUCCAACUGGUAUUUCGACGAGGAAGCCUUUGAGGGCAUCUCCGAUGAAGCCAAGGACUUUGUCUCCCAUUUACUCAUCAAGGAGAAAAG